GGCAACCUGAGAUAAGGCAACAAGGUCGUUUAAGUCAUUCGUGUUCUGUGUGAACGUUCAAAACAUUGUGCUUGUUUUCGUAAUUUUAUUAAUAAAAAAAUCAAAAUGUGUGCUAAAAUGGCAUUUCAACACCAAGCUGGCACAGCUAUGGAAUGUCUGAGUAUACCUAUCACCUUGCAUAAGGAACGUGAUGGGGAUACCAUGCGAUGUGGCUUCAAAAUUGGGGGUGGAAUUGAUCAAGACUACCACAAGAGUCCCCAGGGCUACACUGAUAACGGAAUUUACGUAACAGAGGUACAUGAGUCCAGUCCUGCCUCUAAAAGCGGCCUACGUGUCCACGAUAAAAUCCUCCAAUGCAACGGCUACGAUUUUACGAUGGUGACUCACAAAAAGGCAGUCAGCUACAUCAAGAAACACCCAGUAUUAAACCUACUAGUAGCUCGGAAAGGUGUCACAUCAACAUAAAUAUUCUGUUUUUGAAUUAUGUAACUUUCAAUUUACUUUUAUAAUUUUUGUUCCAGUUACCAAUAAUUCCAAUAUUUUAAGUGAUUUAUAUUUAAGCAUAAAUUUUAUAUGUUUGAUACGAAAUAUAUAUCUGCGUUUUUAAUUAAUAGUAAGUUGUUAUUUUUGUAGUCGUAAGUUUUUAAUUUUUUAUUUUUAAAAGUCUAUGUGAAAUGUUUGCCUAUAGUUGCAAGCGACAUAUUUUGAGUCAGUAUUGCUAAGUGUAGCAUUGCAACAGUGUUUAACUUGCUUUGGAUUUGUAUUAGCGAAUCAGUGCGUAAAUAAAUCUAUGAGCAGAAGAA